UGUGCGGGCUCCGGCGCGGGGGGUGGGGUGGGGGGUGCUCCUUUGAGUUCUGCCCGUGGUCACUCGUCCGGUUGGACCAUCUCAUCCCUUAACUGUCCGGAGUUUGCGGUGAAACAUUCUGGAAAGUCUGCCCUGAGCGCUGAGCCGGGCGCUCCCCGUGUUGUAUAUUAAAUGGCCAGGAGAGACAAGUGGAAUUAUUUAGCCCUUGCUGUGGAGACUUCAUUUUCUUCUUAAUACCUGACCUGUUUAUGAUGAGGUGGCUUGCGCUAGUGUGAUUUUCACUUAUUUCUUGACAGAGGGUCUGCAGAUCUACUCUGUGAGCACAAGAUAGACAAUGUGUCUCACGCAGGCUACAGUAAGCACAGGUGUGCAAGAACCACUUGCCAUGGAAACCAGGGAGCUUGGAAGCCCCACACCCACCUACCAUCUCCUUCCAGAAGCCAGCCAGCCCAGGGUGGAAGAAGAUGUCAGCCCACCACCUAAAGGGUCCCCGGAAACUAUGCAGCUGAAGAAGGAGAUCUCCCUGCUGAAUGGGGUCAGCCUGGUGGUGGGCAACAUGAUCGGCUCAGGGAUCUUUGUUUCACCUAAGGGUGUGCUGGAGUACACUGCCUCCUAUGGGUUGUCACUGACCGUGUGGGCAAUUGGUGGGCUUUUCUCCGUUGUGGGUGCCCUUUGCUAUGCAGAGCUGGGGACCACCAUUACCAAGUCAGGGGCCAGCUAUGCUUAUAUUCUAGAGGCCUUUGGGGGCUUCAUUGCCUUCAUCCGCCUGUGGGCCUCACUGCUAAUCGUUGAGCCUACCAGUCAGGCCAUCAUCGCCAUCACCUUUGCCAACUACAUCAUCCAGCCCUCCUUCCCCACCUGUAAUCCCCCGUACCUGGCCUGCCGUCUCCUCGCUGCUGCUUGCAUAUGUCUGCUGACAUUUGUGAACUGUGCCUAUGUCAAGUGGGGCACACGUGUGCAGGACACGUUCACAUACGCCAAGGUCCUAGCGCUCAUUGCCAUCAUUGUCAUGGGCCUUGUUAAACUGUGCCAAGGUUGUUCUUCGUGGGCUCCCGUGAGGGGCACCUCCCGGACCUUCUAUCCAUGAUCCACAUUGAGCGUUUUACACCCAUCCCUGCUUUACUGUUUAAUUGUGCCAUGGCACUCAUCUACCUCAUUGUGGAGAAUGUUUUCUUGCUCAUCAACUACUUCAGCUUCAGCUACUGGUUCUUUGUGGGCUUAUCUGUUGUUGGACAGCUCUACCUUCGCUGGAAGGAGCCUGACCGGCCUCGUCCUCUCAAGCUGAGCCUGUUUUUUCCCAUCGUGUUCUGCAUAUGCUCCGUGUUUCUGGUGAUCGUGCCCCUCUUCAGUGAUACCAUCAAUUCCCUCAUUGGCAUCGGGAUCGCCCUCUCCGGGGUCCCUGUCUACUUCAUGGGUGUUUAUCUGCCAGAGUCCCGCAGGCCACUUUUUAUACGGAACAUCCUGGCUGCUAUCACCAGAGUCACCCAGAAGCUUUGCUUUUGCGUCCUGACUGAGCUAGAUGUAGCUGAAGAUAGAAAGGUUGAGAGGAAAACUGAAUAGAUGCCAGAGGUGACUUCCCCUGUGUCCUGGAAGGCUGGCCACCUGUGGCCACAGCCACCAAGGUCCAGAUUACAAGACUAUGUGGGCCCAACCCUCCUGAAUUAAAGGAGCCUGUUGACCCAUGUAAUAUAAGGGGGCUCAGGGCCAAUGUUCACUCUCAUUGGUAAGCUAUGGGAAGAAACUCAGGGUCUGGGGCCAGCUUGAAGGUGGGGACUUCAGAGGGUGGGUUGGGGAGGAGACUGGGGAGCUGGGGAUUGGUUAUCAACGUUGAUCCUAGUGGGCAGGUACAGCCCUGACAAACGUAUUUGGUAAGUUGCAGUGGAGGAAUCAGGAAUGCUGGCUGGUGAUUUCUGAAUUGAAAUUUUGAACCAGGAAUUUCUACAGAGGAGCUACUUUUUGGGAAAUUUUCCUCUGACCAGGUCUUAGCACCUGACUUUAGAGGCAUGAAAUGCUACUUUCUCUUCCUGUGCUCAAAAUCCUUUCCCAGGGAGAUGGUUGUAUUCCUUUGGGUGGUGGGGGAUGGUGGCCUGAACAGCAAGGCUUUAUUUAGCUGAUCCCGGAACAGUGUAUCUCCCUCUUCUUGAAUUCCACAAGAAGAACAUCUUCCUGCUCUGGAAUUUCACACUCAGACAAUAAGCCUGAAAGGGAGAAGUCUCUUCAGGGUCCCAGAAGUGUCCACUGAAGGUCCCUCCUGUCAACGUUGGCCCCUCAUUCUGUGCAUCGGUAUGCUUGGGAAGCCACAGGACCUCACUGUUGUACAGGUUAGUUAUCUCCUUUGAGGAGAUUCUGCCUGUCUGACUGAAUUUACUUGGAUUAUAUUUGUACUUAUGUUCAACAUUGUUAAGAAAGGAGAUGAGCUUUCAGCUCCAAAAUGAAUUGUCUUUGCCAUCCAACUGCGUGCUUCCUAGCUACAGCUACCGAGCUUCAAUCCCGAAACAAGGGCUGAGGAAAACCUCACUGCUCCAGAGAGAAGGAGCAGCUUUGCAGCUAACUGGACAUGUUGACCACCACUGCCACCACCAACUCCUGUACUUCAUUUUCUAUUGUUUAAUCCAGAACAAUUCCAGCAAAGCAGUAGUGUUCUUUCAUCUGUAGGAUGCAGUAGGCUCAAUUGUGUUUAAAAAAUUGAAAAGUAUCAAGCGCCUAGUCCCUCUGCCCCCAGAAGUAUCUCUGUAGCAGGGCAGAUUGUGACCAGAUUUUAUGCUCAGUUUAGCACAAUCUUUGGUUGAAUCUUAUCUACAAAGGUGAACUUUAAGGAUCUUUUUUACUCAUAUACCUGUUAUACUUUAGUAUAGAUAGGUCACAUGUUACAAGCAACUGACUCUGGUUCAGCAAGGACGGAUGAACAAAUUCAUGAGUCAGACGUUUGGUAAUACUGCUAUUUUGAAGGAUAAUCCUGUUUUACUUGACAUUUUGGUCUUUGUUCUAGUUGAUAGAAGUAAAUCUUCAGGUUUCUGGUGUGAAUUUUAAGAGGAUUGAAACAGAGAGGGCUUAAACUGUUCUGGAAUUCAGGUGGAUCACCUGAAUUCUUUCAGCUGUCAGUGCUUGAAGACUAUCUCAGACCCAUGUCAUCAAAGAGCUUGUUCUUUCUCUAUGGGCUGGCAUGAGCAGCUGCUGUGCAGACCCAAGCAAGCCCACCCUGGUGCUAGAAGUGGUCAUUUUCUUUUCUGAAAACCUCUUGCCAGGCUGAUUCUCCUGUGUCCCCAGCACCAGGGUUUGUUUACACUCUGAGCCACUUGGUGUGGGUCAUCAGGAUAGUACACUCCUUUCCUGCUCGCCUCCUCUUGCUCCCGAAAUCUAAUGGGGCUGCAGUCUCAGGAAGAGCUUGGUACUUGUCAGGACUUCGAUUUUUUCCCUGUGAAGAUCAGUGAAUACUCUGGGAGAAAAGCUGCUUCAACCUCAAUCUGGCUCCUCAGCAGACCACAUGAGUGGAAGCAACCAAGCCUGGUGCUCAGCCUGGGCUUUUAACCCCCAGGAUGGGCCAGGGGGGCAAGUCUGGCCUAAUGGAUCAUCCUUCGUGGGCAGGAGGGCUGUAGUGGAUUGGAUAGUUGGUCUGUCAUGCCCCAAACACUGUCAUUCUGGGCCCAGAACUUGCUAGCUUGAUAACUCCUAUGGGCUUUCAUGCCUUUAGGUUUUUAGAAUUCGUUAACAGUAAAGACAAGAAUACGGCAAUCUUCCUGACCAUUGUUAUCCACCAAACUGGCCCCAGUCACAGAUAAGGGAGUAACCUUGAUCAUAUACUUGCUCAAUAAAGAAGACUUAAGAGAGCAUGA